AUGCCCGGCACGGUGGCUGAGGGACCAACGGUCUCUAUGUCCUUUGCGAACAAUUUUUGGGGAAGAGAUGAUGCAGGUCUACAGCCUAUGCUUGACCGCAUGCACGCAUCGAAGGUAACGAGCGAUGAAUUGAAGGUGUUCUACAGCGUACGUGCCGCGAUCGAAGACGAGUAUGCCCGAAAACUACAAGCGCUUUGUCGCAAGUCGCUAGGAUCGACCGAGAUGGGAUCGCUCCGACUUUCACUGGAUGUGGUUCGCGGGGAAACCGAAGCCAUCGCGAAAGCGCAUUCCGCAAUCGCGGGUCAAAUGAAGAGUGAACUGGAGGAGCCGCUCUCUGCUUUUGCCAGUGGAAUCAAAGAAAGACGGAAGAUCAUUCAGAAUACGAUCGAACGCCUUCACAAGACCAAAGUGCAACAAACACAAGCUGUCAACAAGACCCGGGAUCGAUAUGAACAAGACUGCUUGCGCAUUAAGGGCUAUCUCGCCCAGGGACAUAUGGUGAUGGGCCAAGAGGAACGCAAGAACAAGGCCAAGCUCGAGAAGACUCAGAUCCAGCUUGCUUCCAACAGCCAGGAAUACGAAGCGGCAGUCAAGGUCCUCGAGGAUACAACUGGUCGGUGGAAUAAGGAGUGGAAGGCUGCAUGCGACAAGUUCCAAGAUCUUGAGGAAGAGCGCCUGGAUUUCACCAAGAGCAGCCUGUGGACGUACGCAAACAUCGCAUCGACUGUCUGCGUCAGCGACGACGCUUCUUGCGAGAAGAUUCGACUUUCUCUCGAAAAUUGCGAGGUCGAAAAGGAUAUCGUUCACUUUAUCAAGGAGCGAGGCACUGGUCAAGAGAUUCCCGAUCCGCCACGCUUCAUCAACUUCUGCAAAGAAGACACAGAAACCGGAUCGGAAAUUGACGAAGGAGAAGGCUAUUCUGUUGCCCAAUUCCAGCGGACCAUGAACCCGGCCUUUCGCACCUCUUCUCCUCAGCCUUCGACUUUCGAGUCCCACCAUGAUCCCCAGUCCGAUCUCGCAGCCCAAUUGGGUCAUCCAGUGCUGCCUGCUCAGAACAACGCGCAGAAUGCCAUGCCGGACAAUAUGCCCACUGCACCUAGCGCGAUGCCAAACAAUAUUCCUAGUGCCAUGCCGCCUCCCCCGAGUGCCAUGCCUAGUAACAUGCAGAACAAUGCUCAGCAGCCACCUCCUCUGGAUCUUCGCCGCGGUGGCCAGCUUCCGCCCAACUAUGACCCUGAUCAGCAUGGCGAGAUCAAUGCUGUUCCUCAUAACGCCUACCCUACGGAUGGCAUGACAAUGUUCUGCCGAACUGGUCCUCCUUCAGAGCGGAGCUCGGCCACCAGUGCAUACCGACCAUCUAGCCGUGACUCUCAAAGCGAGGUAUCGAAUCCCACUUCCAUGUCGAGUGUCGAGCAGCCGAUCGCCGCGAAGCCUCCUCCCAAGCCGACGAACAGCGAGCCUCUACCGAGCCAGAGGGAAGACAAGCAAGCGACCCCGAAGAAAAAGACCGCCUUCUUCAGCAACAGUCCGUUCCGACGCAAGAGCCGUCACGACAAGGAGAGACCAGCGAUCGGAUCUCAGUCUUCACGAAGCCCUUGGAGCUCCCCUACAAAGGAAACCAGCCCGGCUAAGGCGCCCCAGCCCCAGCCGGAGCGACACAGCCGGAGCCCCGAACCCGUGGAUCCUCGAGCCAACUUCCAACUCAAUGUUGGCAACAAUGUCUUCGAUGUUGCUUCCCCCGACAAGAAUGGAGCAAAGGGGGCGGUGCAGCAGGCAAAGACUGAGGACGAUACCGACCCUAUCGCACGUGCCUUGGCUGAUCUCAAGACUACCGGGAAGCAAUCCACUCUUCGCGUCUCGGCUGAUCGCUAUCAUGGAAUUCAAACUCCGACUCCGUCAGCUCCAUCGUCUGCCUACGGGGGUAGCUCAUCUGGUGCCCCUCCAGCAUACAACGACCCCACGGUGAAGCGUCUUGAUGCUCCCGAACCAGCCUUUACGUCCAAGCAGAUGCAAAAGACCACCCAGAGAUACACUGGACAGACGCAGAGCAUGCUUCGUGGCGGCUGUAGCAACCCCAACAUGCCUCCCCCCGCAAAACCCCAAGAAGUUCCCCGGGCCAGGUCUCCUGCCCCCCGACGAAGCGCUAGUCCCCAGGUAUCUCCGCGAGUCGAUACUCGGACUGGUUACAGUGGUGGUGGAGCUAGCCCAGCCCCGAGUCCCACCACAUAUCAGUCAAGCAGCAUCCGCAGCCGGUACAGCCAGUCACCUACUCCGCGUCGUGCACAGGAUUCGCCCUACUCGUCAAACGACUAUGCCCGUCGGGCUUCCCCGGCCGCAAGUCACCGCGCUGUUUCCCCUCAGCCUGCAUUCAGACAGCAGACUCGUCCUUCUAGCGCUGGUGGUAUGGAGCUCCAGCUGUCCGGUGGCCAACCAGAUAUGUAUGCUGGCUCGAACUACGGAUCUACUCGACGUGAUGGCCGGCCCGUGUCACAGUACGGCGAUGCCGGCGGUCCUCCAGUGGGUCGCUCUCGUAGCCGCACUCUUGCGGUUGCUGAGCCAGGUAGAAAAUUCAGCCGCGACGGACGUCCGAUUCUGCAUUUUGCUCGCGCAAUGUACAGCUACACUGCAGCAAUCCCUGAGGAGCUCGGCUUCACCAAGGGCGAUGUUCUGUCUGUGAUUCGUCUACAAGAUGAUGGCUGGUGGGAAGCCGAAGUCACCAACGCUCGCGGACAUCCCGGAUUGGUGCCAAGCAAUUACCUCCAGAUCAUCUAA